AUGGCUCAGAUUUCCAUGGCUGGUACCAGGUAUGGCUCAGAUUUCCAUGGCUGGUACCAGGUAUGGCUGAGAUUUCUAUGGCUGGUACCAGGUAUGCCUCAGAUUUCCAUGGCUGGUACCAGGUAUGGCUCAGAUUUCCAUGGCUGGUACCAGUGUGAUUUCCUCUUCUCUCUUUCUCGCCGAUCGUCGCACCGAGCAGUACAGGAGGCCGAGCAGGAGGACCCGCAGGUGGUAACAGAGGCACAGCCCCCCAAAUCUACCAAAAAAGCCAAAGCGGCGGGCGCGGCAGCGAGUUGCCCAUCUGGCAGUGCCAGGAAGGAAAAAAAGGGAAAGCAGAAAGGAAUAGACGGUCCGGCUGCUUUCCAGGACGAAGCCCAGGACACGGGGAGCCAUGUACAGAUCCUGACGGUGGGACAGUCCCCUCAGGAGGAGGACGAGAAGGAGACCGCGACCGGCGGACAAUCGCAAAGCAAGCAGGACCUGAGGGCGACCAUGCAAAAGAAAGGUAUAUCGAGCAGCAUGAACUUUGAUGAAGAAGGAGACGAGGAAGAUGAAGACAGCUCAAGUUCCUCCCAACUGAACAGCAACACCCGGCCCGGCUCCGCCACCAGCAAAAAGUCCAACAAGGAGAGUGCCGCAGCGCCGAGCCCACAGACCAACGAACCGUCCAUCGAUGUGGAGGACCUGGAGGAGUUCUCGAUGAGGCCGGCCCCUCAGGGAGUCACCAUUAAGUGCAGGAUCACCCGGGAUAAGAAGGGCAUGGACCGGGGCAUGUACCCCACCUAUUACCUCCAUCUGGAGAGGGAAGACGGCAAAAAGGUAUUUCUAUUGGCUGGGAGGAAAAGGAAGAAGAGCAAAACCUCCAAUUACCUCAUCUCCAUCGAUCCGACCGAUCUCUCCCGGGGAGGAGAGAGCUUCAUCGGCAAACUGCGAUCAAAUCUAAUGGGUACGAAGUUCACCGUCUAUGACAACGGGGUGAACCCGGUGAAGACGCCCUCCAGCCUGGAGGCCAGCAAUCUACGGCAGGAGCUGGCAGCCAUCUGCUAUGAAACAAAUGUUUUAGGCUUUAAGGGACCUCGAAAAAUGAGUGUGAUUAUCCCCGGGAUGAACAUGGACCACGAAAGAGUUUCUAUAAGACCAAGAAAUGAACAUGAGACACUUCUCUCCCGAUGGCAGAACAAGAGCACGGAGAGCGUCAUCGAACUGCAUAACAAAACGCCCGUCUGGAACGAUGACACCCAGUCCUACGUCCUGAAUUUCCAUGGCCGCGUCACGCAGGCUUCUGUGAAGAAUUUUCAGAUCAUACACGACAACGAUCCGGACUACAUUGUCAUGCAGUUUGGUCGCGUAGCGGAGGACGUGUUUACAAUGGACUACAACUACCCGAUGUGCGCCCUGCAGGCGUUUGCCAUAGCCCUCUCCAGCUUUGACAGCAAACUGGCCUGCGAGUAACCAGGAGAAGAAGAAAAAAAAGAAACACGGCCGCCUACUUGUGUCUUACUCUCCCUGUUCUACGGGCCCCGGGACUUCGCGCACACCGUGUAUUUCGUUCUGUUGCCAUCGGUGACGAGGAGAAUUUUCGUGUUUACACUCGGCUACAUUUCUAUUUCCAGGAAGUCUUUUUUUGUAAAUAGGGGUCCGGCGGCUCGCCGAGCGUCUUGUAGGCGCCUCAUUGGGGAACGUCAAGCUGGUGACCCGCCGGGGAAACGGCCGUCAUAUUUUUGUAUUUUGUUUUUUGGUUGGGGGAGGUUGGUGGGUUUGGUGGAGGGGGGGAACCCACAGCCCAGGGCAUGCAUUGCCCCCCCCCCCCGACUAGCUAAGCAGCUGACCCCUCCCCCUCUCUGAUCUGUUUGGUAAGGCGAGGAGAACCGUCAGCCCUCCAGCCGCUGAGGAACUACAAGGCUCAGCAACUGGACGGCUCCUUUAUAUGUUCUUUUGCUUUAUAACAAGACCGGUAAAAAAUUCCCCGUGAGAAAGAACUCCUGAUAACGAUAAAUUUUAUAUAGAAAAUGAUACAUUUUUUAUUCUGCUGCGGAUGGCCAGGAAAACUCUCCCGCCCCUGGACACUGAUCGGAGGACGGGUCUCUGGAGGGGGCGGAUCUCUGGAGGGGGCGGAUCUCUGGAGGUGGCGGUUCUAUUGAGGGCUGGAUCUCCGGAGGGGGCGAUCUCUGGAGGGCAAGUCUCUGGAGGCCAAUCUCUGGAGGGGCAGAUCUCUGGAGGGCGGAUCUCUGGAGGGGCGG